UAAAUAAACAUGGCUUAUGCAAUGAAUCGAAUGAAAAACCUAACAGUAUUAUGUAGACUUCAAAAUGUAAGAAAAUGGCUCUAUGGAGAACAUUAUUUGUGACUGUUUCGUUAUUAAAAUUGAUGCGAUGUGCUUAUACAACAUCGAAGACAGAAAUGGAAUGUGAAUUCCCGCCAAAAAUGGAGGAAGAUCUCACCCACGUGAGACGAAAGCGUCUCACUACUGAAAUGGGACUCGUUUGCUUGGAAGAUUACCCUUACACUGUUUCUAUAAGGUUACAUGGUAAACAUUGGUGCGGGGGCGCCAUAGUCGGCAAGCAAUGGGUGCUGACCGCAGCGCAAUGUUUCGAUUAUGUAUCAAAAGAAGAAGUGUCCGUACGCAUGGGGUCUGUAUUCCGCGACUUCGGCGGUCGGAUCCUGGCGGUCACGGACAUUAGACGGCACCCGGAUUAUAGAACUGAUCAGUAUUAUCCUGAACAUAAUCUGGCUAUGAUCAAGAUGAAUAUCCCAAUAAUGUUAAGUAGCAGGGUACAAGUUGUAUCGGUAGCAAGUAUUGGAUCUGAUCUUCCAUCCCUCUUCGGCGAAACAAUAGUUACUGGCUUUGGAUCUGUGGUAACAGGACAGAUCCGGGAAGGCGAGAACCAGGAGCUACGACGCAUGAUUGUAAAGGAGAUGUCGCGGGGUGAAUGCAGGAAGGUGUACGGGAAUGAUUAUAGACUGCAACACGACCACAUGUGCUUGCAGAGCGUGAUGAAGGGGGUCGCUUUGUGUGCGGGUGAUACAGGAGACCCGGCCGUCCAUUUCAGCGGCCUCAACCGAGCGGGCACGUUACACGGUAUUGCUCUUUUCUCUGGUACCGAAGAGUGCGCAUUGAAAUCCAAACCCGGAGUUUAUGCUAAGGUUUCCUACAGUAAAGCAUGGAUCGACAAAAUACUAAAUAAUCAAGAUAAUAAUGAAAGUGCAGAUAGUGGUGAUAAUACUAUACCAGUUGAUAUAUUAUAA